CCAAAUUACUGGCAUGGUGGUGUAUGGUGGUGGAGGCACCAACACACGCGCAACACUCGACAGUGUUGGCUCCUUUCACCACGAGCGCUCCUUGCCUCUUCCGAAAAAAUUAAAAAAAAAGUGUCCGUUCGAAAAAAAAAGUGUCUAUGGAACUGAAGUGUCGAAUGACUUACAACUUGGAUUGAAGUGGAACGAGAUAUCGAGUGACAUUCAGGUGUUAGUAUGUUUGGUGGUCUCCACAGUGCAGGCUGCUGUCCUAGACCCGGCUUUGUACCUGUCUCCGAGUCCUCCACUGACGGGCGAGCCCAGAGCCCUAACUCAGUGGUCUGGGGAACAAGCUUCUACUGAGUCUGUGCAAACUGAACAGCAAUCAGAUUCUACAGAGGAGCCUGAAGAACCGCAAGCACGAACAUUCUGGCCCCAACCAUCAUACGGGAUCCGAGGCAUCCACAUUCCUCUGACCUUCAGCCUGACUGGAACUUAUGGGGCAAACGCUGCCCCCACUGGAAUUAUCGGGAGCUCAUACAGAACUGGCAUACCUGGCGUCAUGGGGAGUAGCUACGCCAGUGUAUCGGAAGACUUUGGAAGUCGGGACUGGCUGGAAGUAGCUAUGGCUUGUACAGGUCUGGUCCCGGGACUAGGAUCUAUGGCGGGAGUGGAGGAGCCUCUUGGAGUGGAUGGGGAAAUGGGAAGUGGGGGCAUUAUGGUAAGGGAUAAGAAAUAAAUAUUGUAAUCUAAGAACAUUAUUGUGUUUGUUUUUAAGUUACUUGACUUUACAUCAGGUCCGAACUGUAUGUACCUAGCUUAUGUAGCAUAAACAGGUAGAUAGUUAGUUCUUAUGAUAAUUCAGUUCAAUCCAAAAAAUAUUUGAGGCAAAUGACCGAAUUAAUGAUGAAUGAGGCAUAGCACAUCGAAUUUAUUAAAGCACAAUUCACCUUUCCACGUCACAUAAAAAAUUAAAGUUUUUCACAAUUAAUAUGAUCAUUAUAAAGUCUUUAGCUAUAAU